CCAAGUUGGCAAGUUCGUUUUUUCUUAUAAAUCCAAUUCUUUCCUCAAUUUGCUUUCUGAUGUCCGUUGACCAUUUUAUAUUUACAGAAACAAAUUCAUUUUCAGUGCAUCAGGAAUUCUUUCACAGGAACAUGGCAAUGAAACCUGUCAAGUACUAUGUGGUGGACGCGUUCACUGACUCAGUUUUCAAGGGGAACCCAGCAGUGGUGUGUUUCUUAGAGGAAGAUCAGAGAACCCAGGAGUGGCUACAAGUGGUGGCAGCCGAGUUCAACAUCCCCACCACGUGUUACUUGACUCACCUCACUCAGUCCAACUCUCCCAAUCCUCGGUUCCGUCUUAGAUGGUUCACUCCUGUUGCUGAGGUUAAGAUAUGUGGUCAUGCUACACUGGCUGCUGCACAUACACUCUUCACUUCUAGUUUGUUGAAUUGUGAUGUCAUUGAGUUUGUCACAAAAUCUGGAACAUUAACUGCUAGAAAGGUUGUAGAUAUACAAACAAUUGAUGGUUCGAAUAUUCAGAAUCAUGAGUCACAAGAGAGUUUUCUUAUUGAAUUGGAUUUUCCUACCAUCCCAAUGAUUGAUUUCAACUCUGCUGAGUUUUCACCCAUUUCCAAAGCCCUGAAUGGUGCCUCUGUGAUUGAUAUAAAGAGAACAGCAACUGAAGAUGAUCUCAUUGUAAUACUCUCAUCUGGAGAAAUUGUUGUAGAACUUCAACCUCUGUUUGAUUUGAUAUGUAAAUGUCCUGGAAGGGAGGUAAUUAUUUCAGGGCCUGCUCCCCUAGAUUCUGGAUUUGACUAUUACUAUCGAUUCUUUUGCCCAAAAUUUCGGGUCAAUGAGGAUCAUGUUUGUGGGAGUGCAAAUUGUGUCUUAGCAUUGUACUGGAGCAAAAGGCUAGGGAAGUGUGAUCUUGUUGCAUAUGCGGCUUCAGCUAGAAGUGGAGUAGUAAACAUUCAUCUCGAUGAACAAAACCAAAGAGUGCUACUGCGAGGAAAAGCUGUUACUGUCAUGGAAGGGUUGAGCUUUGUGGCCAUGCUACAUUGGCUGCUGCACAUGCAUUGUUUUCAUCUGGUUUGGUGAAUUCCAACAUUAUUGAGUUUGUCACACUAUCCGGAAUUUUAACUGCUAAAAAGUUUCAGGAAACCAAGGCAUCUAAUAGUUCAGAUAUU